CGUACUGCCUGUACUGAGUGAUAAAACUUCGUUUAGUUGCGUUUGUACACUACGAGUUCAACUCAAUUUACAAUUAUUAAUUUGGGUGGGUGAUUUUUCGUGUUGUGAAUUCAGUACAUAUUUCAAGACAUCGCACGAUGGACAUAAUUAAUUGCUCGUUCGUUUUAGAAAUUCGCUAGAACAACAUAGUCCUAUCUUCUGUCAUGACCUUUGAAGAUCCUUUUUUCGUCGUUAAAGAAGAUGUUUUAAAAGCUUUAAAUAAAACGGUAAAUUUAUAUCGUCGGUGGAACGACAUACAAGCUGAGCCCAUCACUGUAAAUUUACUACGAGAAGAAAUCGAAUGGAUUACGACAGAAUUACGUAACAGUUUGAGAAGUAUUGAAUGGGAUUUGGAAGAUUUGGAGGAUACUAUCAGUAUCGUGGAGAAGAACCCGACCAAGUUCAAAAUCGAUGCUAAUGAAUUGAACCUUAGGAGGAAGUUCAUUCAAGAUACCCGAGCUGAAGUUAAGUGUAUGCGAGAAAAGCUGAGCUAUUCGAAAGCAGUAGAUAAAGAUAAAACUUCCAGACAACCAUUAAUUGAAAAUCUAACAGCGGUCAAAAUGGGUGGCGGAGGAGCACACAGUAGCACAAAGUACUCCAAACUAGAGAAUCAAAUCGAUAGCCCGGAACAUACGCAAUUUUCCAAGACUCAAACCUCGAUGCAAAAUAACAUGGUACACGAACAGGACGAUCAAUUAGAAUUAAUAGCCGAUUCGAUAGGUACACUGAAAAACAUGUCGCAUCGAAUCGGUAUCGAAUUAGAUGAACAAGACGAGAUGCUUAACGAGUUACACAGCGAAAUCGAACACACCGAUUCACGAAUCGAUUCAACGAUGAAAAAGAUAGCCAAAGUUUUGCAUCUAUCGAACGAUCGAAGCCAGUGGGUCGCCAUUUGUAUAUUGACCGGAUUACUGAUUUUGAUACUGUUCCUAUUUAUAAUGCUUUAAUAUCACAUCGUUGUCUAUACUGUCUACCCUUCAUAUUUAUGGUUUUAAGAUGAAUAUCGUAGUUGGUGUUUCGAUGAUGCCUUUUAUAUUAAAGAACCACAUCAGCAUCGAUCUCAGCAGAAUUUCUAGCCCCGUAAAUACACAUAUUUACCAAAGUUGUAUUUUUUUUAUUAAUAUAAACACGUACAAAUAGUUUUUUAUUAUUAAUAGUUUGUUAGUUGCCGAAGCUGAUACGUUGGCAACUGGUUAUAUACGCUUGUUUUUAUCAAUUUUAUGUUGUACUUUCCUCCUUAUUUCUUUUUAUUUGUCGUUUAUUUUUUGUUGGCCAUUUUCAUUUUACGUGAUUGUAGUGAUUUUUUAUUUAUUUUGUAAUUCAUCCUAUUUUUAAACGGUUGUAUAUAAAUUAUUUUAUAUUUUAUAGAACGUUGUGAGCUUGAUUCGGUAUUAUUGUAUUCAUCUUUUGUAUAAGGUUGUAAAUAACAGCAUACUUUACGUAGUAUAUUUAUGAUGGAACUAGUCGCUCGAUAUUUUAAUCCGAAGUACAUAAGUAUAAUAAUUUUUUUAAAAUUAUAUUUGUGUGAAAAUCAAACGAAAAAACAAAUGGUAAAAUAUCUUUACGAAUGAAAAAAUAUUAUUUUCGAUGAUGAAACUUC